AUGCAGCAAUGUUCUGAAUCAGCCCAGCAAUGUAAACGGCCAUGGGCAAUAGACAUUAAGGCGCGGGCGGAAGCACGGCAAUGGAGCACAGCGCUGCAUCUGUUGCGCGAAUCGUACUUGCUGCGUGUCAAGGCAGGCCGAGGCUGUCACGUUUCCAUCAUCAUCGCAUGCGGGAGAAGCGAACAGUGGCAGCAGGCUCUGUUGCUGCUCCGCCAGAUGUCCCUCCUGAGAGAGGAGCCCGACGCCGUCAGCUACGGUGCCGCAAUCAGCGUCUGCACGAAAAGCAGAUGGCAGCAGGGUUUGUCGUUGUUCAGCGAGAUGCGGGCAGUGAUGCUGGAGCCCUCCGUCAUUACUUAUAGUUGUGGAAUCAACGUGUACGACAAAGGCAAUCAGUGGCAGCGGGCUCUGUUGCUGCUGAGCCAGAUGCGGGAUGCGAAAUUGGAGCCCAAUGUGAUCAGCUACAUGUCUGGGAUCAGCGCUUGUGAGACAGGCAAGCAGUGGAUGCAUGCCUUGUCGCUGCUCAGCGAGAUGCGGCAUGCGAAGCUGGAGCCCUCCGUCAUUACUUAUAAUCGUGGAAUCAACGCGUACGACAAAGGCAAUCAGUGGCAGCGGGCUCUGUUGCUGCUGAACCAGAUGCGGGAUGCGAAAUUGGAGCCCAAUGCGAUCAGCUACACUUCUGGGAUCAGCGCUUGCGGGAAAGGCAAGCAGUGGAUGCAUGCAUUGUCGCUGCUCAGCGAGAUGCGGCAUGCGAAGCUGGAGCUCGGUGUCGUUGGCUACAAUUCUGGGAUCAGCGCUUGCGAGAAAGGCAAGCAGUGGAUGCAUGCCUUGUCGCUGUUCAGCGAGAUGCGGCAUGCGAAGCUGGAGCUCGAUGUCGUUGGCUACACUUCUGGGAUCGGCGCUUGCGGGAAAGGCAAGCAGUGGAUGCAUGCCUUGUCGCUGCUCAGUGAGAUGCGACAUGCGAAGCUGGAACUCGAUGUCGUUAGCUACAAUUCUGCGAUCAGCGCUUGCGAGAAAAGCGAUCAGUGGCAGCGGGCUCUAGCGCUGAUGAGCGAGAUGCGGGACGUGAAGGUGAAGCUCGACGUCAUCAGCUAUUGUGUUGGGACCAGCGCGUGCGGGAAGGGCAACCAAUGGCAGUCGGUUCUGUCGUUACUCGGCGAAGCGCGCGAGGCCAAGAUUGUGCCCAUCGUUAUCGACAUUACAAUACUGGGCAUGUUGCGUGCCGGCAGGGUCCAUGCUGACCCGCCCGGCCACGGCGCCCCCGCGGCCUCGCUCGAGGGGCUACGCCGUCCUGGCCCAAGAGAGCUCCAAGACGACCACAGCGAACUCCAAGAAAGCCCAAGUCCGCCCCAAGGCUGCGCCAGCAAUCGGCAGCAGCGAGGGGCAGCACCCUGCUCAGGAGGAGCAUCCUGGAGGCAGCACCAGCAGCAGCAGCAGCAGCAGCAGCGAAGGGCAGCGGCACGCAGCCCGAACGGGCAGCAGCGUCUGCAGCACGCGGCAGCAGUCGGCGGCAGCAGCAGGCAGGCAGAGGGCAGCAGCACGCGCCCGGCAGAGCCGGCCACCAGCAGCGCCCUCUGCAGCCGCAGGCGGCAGCAGCACGCAGCAGAGGCUAAUCAGCAUCUCCAGCAGCACGCAGCAGCGGCAGCAAGCACGAGCGCGCAGUGGCAUGCGCGUGAUGCGGAAUGCCACGCCCGCGCUAUCAUUUCAGCCUUGCGCACGUCGGCCAUCACGUGCCAGUCCGUGCAUAGUUCGUGGACGUAG